AUGGCGACCGUUGGAGUUUUAAUGGCCGGCUUGACGGGCCUGGCAGCUUUCUUAUACGGGCCGCCCACUCAUCGAGUCCUCACCAAGAUCGGUGCAUUCAGAUCACUCAACUCGAUGCCACUGGCCAACCCAGACGAUCUUGUCAUCAUAAAAGAUACAAUUCAUUGCGAGGAUAUUCAUUACUACGCUCCUGCCCACACUCUUUUCACUGCGUGCGAGGAUGUGAGCGCGACGCGUUUCCAGUGGUUCCCACCUCUAGGUUUCUACAAUGAUGCAAGCGUGGCAUGGAACAGCAAGGGAUCAAUCCACAUCAUUGAUCCAGAAACCAGGGAGUCCAAGAGGCUCACCUUCGAAAAUUUCGAAGGGCCUUUUGUCACGCACGGCAUCGACGUUAUUCCAGACCCAGAGAAGCCAGAGGCGGAAGCUGUUUACAUCUUGGCUGUCAACCAUGUGCCAAACGAGGCCGUCUACCCGCGGGAUGGAAGCACUCCAGAAUCCGACACAGGCACAGCUCCCAAAGCCACUUCCAGGAUCGAGGUAUUCCACCAUACUAUCGGCGGAGGCUCGGUCAAGCACAUCCGCACCAUCGCCCACCCGCUCAUCAAGACGCCCAAUGAUAUUUACGCCCUCAGUCAGACAGAGUUUUAUGUCACUAAUGACCACUACUACUAUGAAGGCAACCUGCGAUACCUCGAGGAUCUGUGGCCCGGUGCGAAGUGGUCAAACGUGAUCUGGGCAGCUGUAUCCGACGAUGGCACGGUACAGGCGAGCGUGGCGCUGGACAAUCUCCACAACCCGAACGGACUGGGGCACGGGAGGUCAGCAGAUGAGAUCCUAGUGACCAGUGCCGCCGGUGGCUAUAUGUGGAUCAGCAAGUUGGGAUCAUCAGACGCAAAGUCCAUUGACGUCGCGGAGACGGUCGAUCUUGACUCUACCACUGACAACCCGAGCUACUUCUCAGACCCGUACUCUCAGGUGGGCAACGAUGCGAGUGGCUUUGUGCUACCAGGUUUGACCAGGGGGAUGGAUCUUUCCAAAACUGGCCACGAUCCCUUAGGGAAGGAGGGUGUAAUGGCCUGGCAUGUCACACCCAGUAAAAAUGUCACGGGAGCAUGGGAUCAGAAAUUGCUGUGGGAAGACGACGGCACUAACAUUAGGAAUGCUGCUACUGCAGUUCUGGUUGCGGUGGAUCCCAAGAAGGAAGACGGAAAGAAGAAGGCCUGGCUCUAUGUGACUGGUUUCUCUUCUGAGAAUGUGGUUGCAGUAAAGGUUGACCUGUCUUGA